UUUACAAUUUCAUUUACUGCGAACCUUCAGCAACCUUGCAUUUUUGGAAGGACUGACGAAGUCAGUGAGCUGAGGGGUCAAAAUGAUCCCCUUCAGCUGCUUGAGGGUGUCUAAUGUUCAGGGCACAAGACAGUUCUUUACUUUUAUCGCAAAAAGACCCCAGGCUAAAAACGAAAUAUUAAAAUCCAAGUCCACUCUGCAAGAGGUGGUUAGGAAUGGUUCCCAUUUUGGAGAUGGAUACAUUGGUGUCCCACGAUUUGGAACCAGAAUUAGUGAAUUUUACUUCCGAGAUCAUGCUAUCAAAUACUUCUGGAUAUCUAUGAUCCCUAUUGGAGCUUUGUCAUUUUAUAAUAUGUUUAUAGGUCCAGCUGAGUUAAAGGACAUCCCAGAGGGAUAUGAACCUCGCCACUGGGAGUACUAUAGGACUCCCACACAAAGAUUUAUGCACAAAUGGGUAUAUUCAUCACAUGAGCAGGUAUAUGAGAGGAAUCUUCAUCUCCUUGACCUCAAGAGCAGGAAAGCAGAGGCAAAAAAAAAAUACAAAAUUGUAUCCGAGCACAUGUUGGACAACACGGGAUACAAGGGAUGGUACUAUGAGCCAGACUUCAGACUGGAAGGCGUCAAGGUGCAUGAUAAAGCCCAGAAGGAAGAGGGUAUAUUCCGGGAGUACUUUUAUGGCCGACCUCCUAUUGACAGGUCUUCCAGGCUGGGCGAAUAAGUGUCUGUUUAUAUUGUGACUAUUAAAAUGAAAUUGACUAUUCUAA